GUUCUAUUAGAUGAACCACAAUUUGCACUCAAACUAUAGCUAUAAUAUCAACUGUUUUUCAUUCCAGAGGCGAUAUAAGUCUAUCGUAUAGUGUGCAUUCUGACAUACACAAUACAGUACACUCGGCUUAUAACCACGUAAGAUACAAUACCAAACCAAAUCGAACAAGCAGACAUACGCCAACGUUUGACAUUCGAUUCUAAAUACAUCAAAUAACAAUCAAUAUGAAUGAUCCGUUUUUUCAGAUCGAUAACUCCAGUAAACCCCGGGAAAAAGGGGGUGGAAAAAAUAAAGGGUUCAAAGUGAGCACACAGUCCAGUGCAAAUACAAGUGCAAAUACAAAUAUAAAUAGCAAUAAUAAGCGCAAGCACAACGAUGACGAUGAUAUCAUUAUAUCCGAUGUAGAAGACAAUCUAAACGCUGAUCAGGGGUUUGGCAGCAAUACACUCAGCGAUGACGAGCAAGAGAAGGAGGAUAAAGAAAGCGCGGCUGAGAAACGUGUACGAUUAGCCAAGGAGUAUUUAUUAGAGCUGAAGCAAAUGGAGGACGCCGAACGGGACGGAAGUGAAGAUGAUUCAGAUACGGAUGUGGUCGGCAACAAGCUCAGAAAAGAGCACAGCGACAAAGCAAACCUCAAGGAUGCCGUGAUAGCCGACACGCGCACACACACCAUCACACAAUCGCUCAUAAAACGCGUCCGAGGACACAACCUGAGUGUGACUUGUGUUGCCAUGUCAGGAGACGAAAAGUACUUAUAUACCGUGUCGAAGGAUUGCAAUAUAAUUAAAUGGAGAGUGGAGGACGGUAAGCGAUUAGGUACUAUUAAGGGCGUCAGUAAUGACGCGCCGGAUUCAGUGCUAGGGCAUAGGACUCCCAUAAUGGCUGUGGCGGUUACUGCCGAUGGCAAAUACCUGGCUACAGCGGGUGGUGAAGAAACAGUGGAAAUCUGGAACGCCGACACACUCGCACACAUCAAAUCCCUAUCGGGACACAGAGAUGCUAUCACGUCACUGGUCUUCAGACGGAAUACGCACACACUGUACAGUGGUUCGCUCGAUAGAACGUUAAAGAUUUGGGACCUGGAUGAGAUGGCUUACAUUGAGACCCUGUUUGGACAUCAGGAUGGGCUUACUGCCAUUGAUAGCUUAACACGGGAGAGAUGCGUAAGCGUAGGGGGACGCGAUCGAACAUGCCGUUUAUGGAAGAUUGUUGAAGAGUCGCAACUGGUGUUCAAUGGUCACCGCGGCAACACAGAAUCGAUAUGCAUGGUGAACGAGAACAUUUGGUGCACGGGGGGUGAGGAUGGUACCAUUAAUGUCUGGAGUGUUUUCAAGAAGAAGCCCACGAGCGCUGUCUUACAGGCACAUGCCAUGGGCAUGAACAUACCUGAGGGAGAGCAAACAGACUCAGACUCGGAAGAUGAAGCCAGCAAUGCACAAGCACAACCCAAAAAGAACGGCACAUCACCUGUGAAUGACACCUCGAGGAAACCGCACAAUGACGGGAUCACUAGCACAAGCCAAGGUACCAUAUUAAGUCUACCUUGGGUUACCGCGCUCGCGUGUAUGCCGUUUACGGAUCUUAUCGCAUCGGGAUCGAACACGGGCUUUGUGAAGCUAUGGCGUUUGAACGAAGAUAAGAGCCUGACAUGCAUCAACGAGAUUGCUGUGGAGGGAUACAUCAAUUCGUUGACAUUUUCAAAAUCCGGGCGAUACUUAGUAGCGGGAAUAGGGCAAGAACACAGAUUAGGACGAUGGGAGCGAAACAAGAAGGCCAGGAAUGGAGCAGUAGUCAUCGAUUUUCUUGCACAAGACGAAUCUACAAGUGACAGCGAAGCAACAGAAGUAGUAGCGCAAUGCUCAUAAUAAAAUGCAAUAGAGG